AUGUCGAGGACGGAGCUGAUCCAGAAGGCGAAGCUGGCCAAGCAGGCCCAGCGCUACGAGGACAUGGCCACCUUCAUGAAGGCCGCGACGGAGCAGGGCGCCGAGCUGUCGGAGGAGGAGCGCAGCCUGCUCUGGGUGGCCUACAGGCGCGUGGUCGCGAGCCGCAGGGCCGCCUGGAGGGUCAUCUCCAGCAUCGAGCAGGCGACCGACGCCGCCUCCGACCAGCAGCUGCGAGUGACCAAGGACUACCGGGAGACGGUGGAGUCCGAGCUGAGGGGCAUCUGCACCGCGGUCCUGGAGUUGCUGGAUCAGUAUUUACUAGCCCACGCGACGAAUCCGGAGAGUAAGGUCUUCUAUCUGAAAAUGAAGGGAGAUUACUUCCGAUACCUGGCCGAAGUUGCACCUGGUGAUGACCGAAAACAGAUGAUAGAUCAUACCCAAGGAGCUUACCAAGAGGCUCUGGAUAUAAGCAAGAAAGAGUUGCAGCCCACACACCCCAUUCACCUGGGGCUGGCUCGUAACUUCUCUAUCUUUUACUAUGAGAUCCUUAAUGACGCCCAGCUUGCCUGCGCACUGGCCAAGACGGCUUUUGGUGAGGCGGUUGCAGAACUCCAUAAGCUGAAAGACCCGCACAAGGACAGCAUCCUCAUCUUGCAGUUGCUUAGAGACAACCUCAUAUUAUGGACACCAAACAGUGCAGGAGAAGAAGGUGAUGAGGCUGAAGGAGCCAAAAACUAA